AUCUUACUGACUUAUCAACAGAUACCUGUGUAUCACAAUGUUAUUGAAAUUGUUUUAUCUCUUCAUCACAUUUCUGUUGAUUCUGUUCGUUGCGUCGUAUAUUUUAAUAUUAUUUAAAAGCAAAAGAAAAGCAAUUGUGGAAAUGGUUUUGCCGAGUGGGGCAAUCGUUAAACGUGCAUUCCAUCAGGCACCUGGCCCACAUCCAUGGCCCAUCCUUGGCAAUUUGGACAUAAUUGGACAGUUCGACAAUCCCUUCAAAGGAUUUGGAACAUUGGCAAAUUGUUAUGGAGACAUUUACUCCUUGACUCUUGGCCACACGCGCUGCCUUGUCGUGAACAACUUGGAAUUGAUUCGGGAAGUUCUUAAUAAGAAUGGAAAAUUCUUUGGUGGCCGACCGGAUUUUCUACGCUAUCAUAAGCUGUUUGGAGGUGAUCGUAAUAACUCUUUAGCUCUGUGCGAUUGGUCGCAAUUGCAACAGAAACGAAGGAAUUUAGCUAGACGUCAUUGCUCUCCCCGUGAAUCGUCCUCGUACUUCUGCAAGAUGUCCUUGAUUGGAUGUGCAGAGGCUGACACAUUACUGGAGGAGCUGGAAAAAGUUAUUGUACCUGGUCAACCUGUCGCUUUGAAGCCCAUUUUAAAUGCAGCCUGUGCAAAUAUGUUUAUCCAGUAUAUGUGCUCAAUGCGAUUUGAAUAUGACGAUGAGGAAUUUAAAAAAAUUGUCUGGUUCUUUGACGAAAUCUUCUGGGAAAUCAAUCAAGGACAUCCAUUGGAUUUCCUGCCUUGGCUGUCACCAUUUUACAAUCAGCACACAAAUCGCAUUGCACAUUGGUCAACGACGAUUCGAAAAUUUAUUCUGGAUCGAGUUCUUGAGCAUCGAGAGCUGAAUAUUGAUCCUGAGGAGCCAGACAACGAUUUCACUGAUGCAUUGUUAAAAAGUUUAAUUGAGAACGAAAAUAUGUGCCGUAAUACAAUCAUCUUCAUGCUGGAAGACUUUAUCGGUGGCCAUUCAGCGGUUGGGAACUUGAUAAUGCUGGUGUUUGCAUAUAUAGCCAAAGAUCCAGCGAUCGGCAGGCAUAUUCAAUUUGAAGCAGAUGUGAUCUCAAAUAGGGGAGAGCGAAGUAUUACUUUAGAGGACAUGGAACAUAUGCCUUACACAAUGGCCACAAUCUUUGAAGUUUUGCGCUAUUCAUCAUCUCCCAUUGUACCUCAUGUGGCAACCGAGGACUCAGUUAUAUCUGGAUUUGGAGUAACUAAAGGCACAAUUGUGUUUAUAAACAACUAUAUACUCAAUAUGAGUCAAGAAAGCUGGAAAAAUCCUCAGAGCUUUUGGCCAGAAAGAUUUUUAGAGGAAAAAUCUAUAAAAAAUACUCAAAGAACAUCAACAUUUAAUGACAAGAGAAAAAUAUCUGAGGGGUCUGAUUCCGGCAUAGAGUUUGAAGAAAAUAAUUAUUUACUAAGCACCAGAGAUAAUCAAAGCAAUCUGAAUCUCCCAGAGUUUCAAUUGAAGAAGAAUCUUCCACAUUUUUUGCCUUUUAGUAUAGGAAAACGUACUUGCAUUGGACAAAAUUUAGUGCGAGGAUUUGGUUUUAUAUUGCUUUCAAAUAUUUUAUUACAUUAUAAUGUAAGUACUCCCGACAUCUCGAAUAUAAAAAUUAAUCCAGCUAGCUUAGCGUUACCCGCGAACUGCUUUCCACUUAUAUUAACGGCCAGAGUUUAAAAUGUAGUUUCUAAAUAAGAAUAUGAAUAUUUAAAAUAAAUAUUUUUUCAAAAACCUCUGAAUAUGUAGAUAAUAUCGAUUAU